GUAACUCCAGGACGAGACCGGAGCGACCCGCGCGCUUCGAGCACCAGGCGACCAGGCUGCGCCGGGCGCCCGACACCGGCGGCUGCGCGGGGGGGCGGGGGCCGCGCCGGAGCCCGAUCCGCCGCUCCGGCUCCGAGCACUGGUCUCGGGCCGCGGUCCACCGCAGAUGCAUUUGUCGGAGGGAGCAGUGGAGAUUCGGGUCAAGGCGUAAGGCCUGGGGCUUCCAAUGAUACUCUGGGCAGGGAUGGAAGCCUAGAUGCCUCACCGCAAGGAGCGGCCGAGCGGGUCCUCGCUUGCAUACGCACAAGGCAGCGGCGGCGGUGGAGGCACCACCUCGGAGGGAGGAAAUAUGUCCCGGCUGUCACUCACCCGGUCGCCAGUGUCUCCCCUGGCUGCCCAGGGGAUCCCACUACCAGCUCAGCUGACCAAAGCCAAUGCACCCGUGCACAUUGAUGUGGGCGGUCACAUGUAUACCAGCAGCCUGGCCACGCUCACCAAGUACCCCGACUCCAGAAUAAGCCGCCUCUUCAACGGCACAGAACCCAUUGUUCUAGACAGUCUCAAGCAACAUUAUUUCAUCGACCGGGAUGGGGAGAUUUUCCGCUACAUCCUGAGUUUCUUGCGGACGUCAAAACUGCUGCUUCCAGAUGACUUCAAGGACUUCAACCUGCUGUACGAGGAGGCGCGGUACUACCAGCUGCAGCCCAUGGUUCGGGAGCUGGAGCGCUGGCAGCAAGAGCAAGAGCAGAGGCGACGGAGCCGGGCCUGUGACUGCCUGGUGGUCCGCGUCACCCCCGACCUGGGAGAACGCAUUGCGCUCAGCGGUGAGAAAGCCCUCAUUGAGGAGGUCUUCCCCGAGACCGGGGAUGUCAUGUGCAACUCCGUCAACGCCGGCUGGAACCAGGACCCCACGCACGUCAUCCGGUUCCCCCUCAACGGCUAUUGUCGGCUCAACUCUGUGCAGGUCCUAGAAAGGCUGUUUCAAAGGGGGUUCAGCGUGGCCGCCUCCUGCGGGGGCGGCGUGGACUCCUCCCAGUUCAGCGAGUACGUGCUUUGCCGGGAGGAGCGGCGACCACAGCCCACCCCGACUGCCGUCCGGAUAAAGCAAGAACCCCUGGACUAGGCCCUGCUUCGUCGGGGCCAACCCGAGACCCCCCACUCAGUCCUGGGGCAACCCCAGGGACAUGGAAAGAGUGCUGAGGAGUCCUGCCUGUUUGUGCUUCAUGCCGGGCACCAGACUGGGGCUAGGGACCGGAGGGUCUGAGCUCAUCCCUGGGAGCGCAAAGCGCCAUGGCAACAGGAUGAGGGAUGCCAGGGGCAUGCCCGUGGAAGGGCAGUUAACGUGACCCAGAGACGCCGGGCUUCCGGUCCUUCUGCUCCUCAGCCCCGUACGGCGGAGCUCUGCAGGGCCAGCCACUCCAGAGCACGCUCGGCGGAUGUCGGCGGACCUCCUCGCGUCGGAGAUGGCUUAUUUUUCUACAGUAUUUAAAACACAAACUAACUGUCGCUGCACGGGUCCGCAAGGCCAACAUGAACCGUCGCUGCUCUUACCUGGUGCUCAGUUCCCGGUUCAGUAUUGAGCGGACCUUGCAAAGGAUGGGGCUGCGGGCAUUCGGGCCCGGGUGCCUGUUGAGCUGGGGCUGUGGGGGCAGAUGUGGCUGGCGGUGGUGCCGCCAGAGAUGGAACAGCCCCCCCCCAAGGGGCAGGGCAGCCGGGGGGAGGGCAAUGGGGGCUUAAGUGACUCUGGCUUUUUCCCUGAGACACUCUGCUGCCCCCCGAGGCCAGGCUGUACUUCUGGUGCGCACCUGACCUGCCAAUGCCCAGGAGCUUCCAAUCCUAACUGGCUGGGUUCACAUCUGUGGGUUCUCGGAGAAGUCUCCACCCAUCCAGUCAGCAUGGGGCCACAGCUUACCUCAGGAAUGGGCCCUCCUACCAAGGGACCCAUCUGUCACCGUCAAUCUCUGGGUCCCCAGCUCAGGGAGCCACCCUCCAGUUUUCCCACACCCGUGGAGUUUUAAUGAAAUGUACUAAACUAGCCUGUCAGUAAGGCAUAGACCCAAUCGUACCCAGAGCUCUUAACCUCCCCCCAACUCCAACAAGGACUGGGCCUCGCAGACCUGCUGUCUCUCAGACAACAGGCCCAAAAGAUGGACACCCUGACCUUGUCACAUCUCCCCUAGCUCCUCCCACGUGGAGGGACUGCAGAGAACUGAUGGAGGGGGCGCCCUGGCCGGCACCCCCUCUUGUAUAAUGCCUGUAGACUUGUAUAUGACUCCUUUAAUAUUGUAAAGAUGUACAAUUGUUUUGUGUGUGUGUGUGUGUGUGUAAACACAUCGCGUUCCGGGUUCAUGCCAUAAAGAACGCUAUAAAGCAGAA